CGAGAGGGUCAAAAUUCAUGGCGGUGCCCAUGAAAUCCGGGGUUGUCCUCAGUAGAUCAACCAACGCCCAACCGAAAGUGCCUUGAGAAUAGUUGCGUUGCAUGAAUGGAUUUUUCGUAGCAUCAUACCUGGGCGUUUGUUGUGCGAUAUGUUCCCGUGCCCGUGUUGCCUUCGGUUGUGCUUUAGUUAUUCUCCUGAUGAGAUUCAACGAAGAGAGGAGAGCAGGAAAAUUGAAAAGCAAAUCAAACAAGAUGCGCCAAAAUUCCGCCGAAUCGUUCGACUUCUCUUGCUGGGAGCUGGGGAGAGUGGAAAGUCAACAUUCUUGAAGCAAAUGAAGAUCAUCCACGGCUUUAAAUUUGACCCGGCGGCGAUCAGGGAAUAUCAUGGAAUAAUUUACCAGAAUGUUAUUCAAGGAAUGAAGGUGUUGGUGGACGCAAGGAACAAACUUGGGAUACCUUGGGAGUUUCCGGAAAAUCAGGUUCAAGCUGAUGUGUUGAUGCUCUUCAAAGGCCCUGCGUCGAGUAUGGAUGAAGAUACAUUUCUGUUCUACGCAGCCUGUGUGCAAGUCUUGUGGAAAGAUGGUGGGAUCAAAACCGCUUUUGCUCGACGGAGAGAAUUCCAACUUGUUGAUUCGGUCAAAUAUUUUUUCGACAAUCUGGAUCGCAUAGCUCGUCCGGGUUAUACUCUGGAGAAUCAGGACAUCUUACAUGCUCGCAAAGCAACGAAAGGCAUAAUCGAAUUUGUGCUGCAUGUUCGACAAGUUCCCUUUCAUUUCAUCGAUGUCGGUGGACAACGUUCUCAGCGCCAAAAGUGGCUCGUUUGCUUCGAGAAUGUCACUUCAAUCCUCUUCAUGGUGUCCUCGAGCGAGUACGACCAAACACUCGUUGAAGACAGGACUGUGAAUAGAUUCCGGGAAUCCUGUAGCAUCUUCUCCACGAUAAUAAAUCAUGAGUUCUUCCGAACAACGUCUGUGAUAUUGUUUCUCAACAAAACAGAUCUACUACUGGAAAAAGUGACCAAGAAACAAGCAAACAUUCAAGACUAUUUUCCGGAGUUCAAAGGCGACCCGUGGUCUGUUUCUGAUGUUCAGAAUUUCCAGUUGCGGGCACUUCUGACGAGCAGCAGGUUUCCAGAACGAAGAAUUUUUUACCACUUUACCACCGCCGUCGAUACCGAGAAUAUCAAAGUCGUUUUCACCGCAGUAAAAGAUACAAUUCUAGGGAAGAAUCUAGAAGACCUCAUGCUGCAGUGAUAUAUAUUUUUUGGCAAUGAGAUGAGUGAUUCGUUGAGUGUGCUCCUACUCUCUCCUCCCGAAUCGGCAAACCCAUUGAAUUCAUGGUAAUUUUGAUCACCUUGUCGAGUUCCACAUUCACACAAAUAUAAAGCGCACUUUUUUCAGCUAUAAGCAAUCCAUAUGGUUUUGGUCAUAAGGGCGUCUUAGAUCCGCACGCGAAUUCACUGUUCAUGUGGCAGAUAAAAAAAAAACUGCACCCAUGUGUCUUUCAGAGAGUUUGUCUCUUAAUAAACAGAACAUCCUUCCAUCACUGAGUAUGAGAUUAAAGAAUGAUUUAGAUUGAAGGAAGAUGGUGUGACAUGCAGGUUUUCCGAUAAUAAAAUCGGUUUAUUUUCUGGAAAAUAAAAUUACCGAAUUUUGCAUCUUCUUUUUAGAUACGUAGACGGUAUACUGUCGAUUCGAAUUACUCGAAAGUUGGGACUUGCGAACGAAGUAGCGUGGGAGUUACAUGGCUGUUCUCAUUGAUUUAUAAGACAAUAUUUUAGGUGCUGCUCAUUUAGUUCCUUGUAGUUUAGCGGAAUUUCAGGCAAAACGGAUGAAAGUCUUUGAACUGAACAGAAAAAUGUGGGAACUAGAAGGUCUGGCAUUUUCUUCUUGGCUUUUUUUACGUGUGCCGAAAAGUACUUGCGCUUCUUUUUUGAAAAGUGCGUCUUAUAUUCGUGUGAAUGUGUUUAUUGUUCCCUGCAUACUAAGUUUGACUGAGGACUGUAUUUUUAAUGCGCUAUUUUUGUUUUUCGAACGAAUUUUGGUCAAUCGGAGAGAGCCGUUUCAUGUGCCGUAUCAAAUUUUGAAAAAAUCCCACAGAUUUUUUCACCGAUUUUCGUAUUGUUUGAAGAAUAGCUGCUUGUCUUUCGGGAAAGCGUGCUAGCACCAAAACGUAUUGAGGAUGCCAUAUUUUAUUGUUCAAUGCAUGUUGUAGUUUGGCAUUAGAUGCUUUCAUCAAUGUUUCUCAUUGCUUGAAGAAUCCUAUUUCGCAAUAUAUGCUUAGAUUUUUACAGAAUUCUAGCUCAAUCUAAUUCAGUGGUUCACACAGUUCUCGCACAAUGUAGCCCACGUUUUAAUCGAUAUAUAUUCAGAAGAUUUUUCGGCAUGACCCAUAUGAUUUACUUGCAAAUUCUUUCUCAUUCAGUAGAGUGGUAUUUAUCUGGACUUCGGCUGGUACAGGUAUUAUUAGUACAGUAGAAUCUCAUUAUAAUGAAUCUCAUAACAAAUUAAUGUUUGCAGCAUAAAUGUGGGGCUUUUUUGGUCCCUCUCGGACGUAGCCACAAUUUUAUGUUACCUUCAUUUUAAAAACUUUUUGUUCAUAUAGCAUAGCUUUUUAAGAAAGCUUUGUUGUAAUACGAUUCUACUGCAUUGGUCCUUCGUUUUUUUAUGCAGCUGUGCUUUUUCCCGGUCAACACCUCGCUCUUCAUGAAAUUUUUGAAGCAGUUUUGAACUUGUGACCUAAUUUAUUUAUUGACGGGUGCAACGCCUCCUAAAAGAGGGCUUGGAAAAAUUUUGAUAUGGUGUGCUGAAAGGGACUUGUUGAAGCCUUCUCCUAGCACCAGCCCUGAGAAUUGAAUGAUGAGGGAAACAAUGUUUGUCUGUGGUUUAUUUUAUUUUUUUUGUGAACUCGCAGAAAUAAUUGCGGCUCAAGGAAUGGAAGGUGUAUAUUUUCUUACGCCAUUUUUUAUUGAUUGGGGAAGCAGAGGUGUUCAGUUUAGUUCUGCUGUUGGAAAAUUUGCUUGUUGAGCUUCCAUUUUGUUUGACUUUGUUUGAAAAUGCUAUGUACAUGCCUGGUUUCUACACCGAAUCUGAUCUUGCGAACAAUAAAGGCAAAUGCAUUGAUGAA